GGUCCGCCCGUACCGGCCGCAGAUGCAGCUCCAGCCGAGGCCACAGCCGCAGCGGCCGCCGUUCCAGCCGCGCCUGCCGCAGUGGCGCAGGCCGCGCCCGCAGCACUUCCAGCCGCGCGAGGACCACCCGUGGCAGCCCGUCAAGCAGGAGCCGGAGUCGCCCACCGGCCCCCAGAGGAGCCUGCCCGUCGGCGUCCCUAUCCCGAGCAGCGGUCUUGCCGGACCCAGCCACGUGACGCGCUCCCGUCCGUGGCGCCCGCCACCAAGUCCCGCAAACGUUCGCAGCUUCAUCCCUCGUGCAGCCGGGCAGCAGGGCCCGAGAUUUUAAAUGAAAACUAGCUGCGAAUUUGGACAGGCAUAUGUUUUGUGGCACGCAGCCAUGUGAGGAAGCAGUGGAGAAAUGAGUGAAGCAUAAGCCCUGACAUGUACAUCACAGCAUGUAUCAUGUUAACCUUUUGUCUUAUGUAAACUUUUAUGUGGGAUAACUGAAUUAAGAGAAUUGACCUCUUUGGUGUUGUGUUUACAAAAGUACUGAUAGAAUGUAAUGUAUUGCUAGUAGUUGCCAAAGUUAGAAAUGUAGCUGGCAGAUGUUUUCCCAUGUACAGGGUAUUACACUGUGUCCAUAGAGAAAGGGCACUGUGAUAAACUUUGCCAGUUACUACUGACUACAUACAUUUAUCUUGACUGUAAUGUCAGUGUCCCCCAUGUGUGUCCAUAUGUGUGAUACUGCACAUACCCAAAAUGAGGAGGAAAAAUAAAAUUAAAAGAAAGUGUAGAAGAAAAUAUAAUCUUACCAGUAGUCUGUUAUAUGCAGAAAUUGAUGUAUAUUCUUUUUAAGAACUAUAAGAAAUAAUGUGAAGCUUGUGUAGUUUUAAAUGUUAAUGUUGUUAUCAUAUAUAUUUUAUUGUAAAGGAAACAUUAUAAUCAGUCAUGUGUAUACAAACAUGUAGUUUCUUUUAUUACUUGGCAAAGGAAGCUGAAGACCUGGCCAGAAAAGCAUCACACUGUGUUUACGCCCAAAAGCAAAAGUGGUAAUAGCAUACACUCCAAUGUUUUUAGAAGUGUAGCACUUACUUUCUACUAUGGCCGAGUCUACGGUUUGCUUUGUCGGAUAAUAAUGUAAUAAUGUGCGUGUGCGCCAGGCACACACAAGUGUGUGUGCGUGCGCUCAUGCCCACACACACACACACACACACACACACACACACACACACACACACACACACACACACACACACACAAACUCGAGGAAAAUGUAGUUAUGUAUUGCAUGUUGUGUGAUUGAUGUUUUGAUGUUUUUGUCUUCUUGAUUACUAGUACUGCCAGAUAGAUGGCAUAAACUUUUGAUGAGACUGUAAGCUGUCAGAAGCUGCUUAUAAAUAAGCACACUCAAUACUGUCUGUGUUUCAUUACAGUUCUGGUAACUGUCAAAUACAUGAGUUGAUGAAUUAAUUACUUCAAAUAUCAGACUCAAACUGAUGUUGGAGUUGUUAAUGCAAAGUGAGGAUUGAUUACGUGCCAAAUCAGUUAGACUGUACUAAUUUUGAAAGGCUUGUCAACUGAACAAUUCUCAUACCAGGGUGUUAGAAUUUUACAAUGUACAUUGGUUACACCGUUUUUGUGUUUACUAGGCUGUGAGCCAAAUGUUCUAAAAUACAAAAUAUAUAUUCACUGUCAUAAUAUGCUAGUGCAUCCAAGAGAAAGUGUGACAUCUGCUUCACAUUCAAUUGUUGGCUAGAAUUAGUAUAAAGACAUUAUAGUGUAAGUAGGUUGUUGAAUUUUAACACAAAUGGCCAAUUAAGAUAUCUUUAGAUAUCUUCAGAAGAUUUUCAGCAUUUUCAUCAUUUCCUGGACCAAUAUUUUGCUGGGAACUCUCAGGCAUUUUCAAGGCAAUUUGAAGUAUAUCACAGGAACACAAUCUACAAUUAUUUAUUCAUCAAGAUCCGCAUCUGCUUCUUUUACACUUGGGUCAAAAUGUGACGUGUUGUGCUAUCUCACAAUGCAUGUGUCACAAAUGAAACAGUGUAUCAGAUGUGUGCAUCAGAUACGAAAUAAUGCAGGGCAGUCUGGCAGAAAGUUCUGCGCUUAAAUGAUUUACCAGUCUUUUCUUUUAAUAGCUACCUUACAGAAAUAUCUGUACACCAACAUGAUUCAGAGGUUUCAGAGAUCAACAAAUGAAACCUCAAAUUGGUGGCAGGUGUCACAAAUAUCAAGUGAGAAUGGUUCUGAAUGGAAAAUGCUCUUAGAAAAAAAGACAAUGGAAUUCAUGAAUUGAUCUGAGAUCUGAUAAUUCUCUGUUUGCAAGCCUUAUUGGAUAUUUGAUCCUCUGGUACAACUUCAAAAAUCACACUCAAGAUAGAAUAUUUAAACAUUUUUAGUCUUGAUGUGUUUAUAAUGUAAAUUAUGGGCCACAUUGUUUAUCAGUUCCUUUGUGCAAGAGAAACACUGCUGUAUUUGAAAGGUUUCUCCAGCUUUAUAUACUCUUUGCUCAUUUUAUAUGUUCCUAUGCAUUACAUAAUAUAGCUAAACAUCGCAACAGAUCCUUGUAGUUAUCGAUGUUUUCUUUGAAGAAGUGUUAUCAGUAGGUAUAUUAAAAGGAAAAAAAUGGUUGUUGAUUUAUAAGAAGACAGAACAGAUAAUCAGUACUUGCGUUCAGUAGGCAAAAUUCCAAGUAAUAUUGUAAGACACACAAAAAAACUAGCUUUCACAGCUGUUAAUUCCUUUCUCGGGAAGUAAGAAGGGAUAUAUCUGGAAGGAUAGGCAAGUGGGGUUGUCCAGUAACAAGGAUACCACCCAGCAAUUGGAUUUUUGUAAUUUUUUUAUAUUCAUGGAACAUGAAGUUCAUAAUUCAAAUAUCAAUAUCCCAAAGCAGGUUGAUGCAUCUCUAAAAAAAUUCUUGACAAACUUGACUUUGCAGUUUUCCAGUGAACUUGAGGAACUUCAACACCCUAAAAUGUUGGCAAUUUUAACAACAGGCAGUGUGGAUCACUGGGUAGCAUCGGAUCACGUAAUCAAUGGACUGCUGGUUCGAAUCUCGCAGUGAUGUUUUUCCAUUCAGUUUGAAUACCUACACAUUUAAAAAUAAAAUUCAUCAAAUAUAUGCUAAUUAUCACACAUCUAAUCAUUGUUUUUUGUGAGAAAUGCACAUCAUCUUGUUUUUAAUUACAUUCCGCAUCCAAAAUUCCAGACAUUCAUUGAAAAUAUAAUUUCUUAACUGUCAAUAUAUUAGUAAAGAUUGUUAAUAAAUA